GGUGGGUGUUGUCUUUUGUUGUGUUGACAACAAUUAUUCAUAAUUUCAAUUACCAAAGUUAACCGAAUGCUCUAAAUUCUAAGUGGGUGUGCCUUUAUUAGAUUAACGUGCGACUUUUACGCUGAAAUUACCUAUAGGUAAUAGAAAAUAAUAAAUUUUAGGUAAACUAAGCGAAUAAAACAUGGUGUUAACAUCUUGUUGGUCCCCAUGCAUUUGGACUGACAACCUAAGGUCCGGUUGCAAUGCAAUUGCAUAUUACACGGGCGCUAUGAGUAUAGUUCUGAUCACAUUCAUUUGCUUCGAUAUGGCUGGAGGAGACUCGACACAAUUGUACAAUCCCUUAUUCGAAGCUGAUGUUCGACUAUCUAUGCAGGUUAUAGGGGCCUUGCUUAUUUUGUACUUUGUGUUACUCAUCGCCUCCAGCGUGUCGCUCGUCUACGGCAUUCGAACAAUGAUUAGAGGAUUCAUGAUACCCUGGAUGACUUUGUUCGGUACUGCCGUGCUUUUUCAGCUCGUCUUCGGCUUGUGGCUUAUAGGGGGCUACUAUAUUUACCUCGAGACAGUAUUGUAUUCACUUGUAAUAUGGGGUUGGAUGGUAUAUAACGCGUAUUGCUGGCUGGUAGUUUACUCUCAGUUCAAAGUGAUCAAAAAAAUGCAAUCUCCGAAUAUCGAAUUGUUGUGGCCUUAAUUAGAAUUUUGUGCUAAUUUUUAAGUCCGUCCACAAAUUAGAAUAGGCUUGUACUUUUACGAUUUAAUAUUUUUUAUAUUUUUGAAUUUAUAUUCUUUUGAAUUUUUAUACAACUCCGUUUUUUUAUCGAUAAAAUUGUAUACAUUAUUGACUAUAUUUUUGUUUAUUCGAGAGUAGUCAGUCAGACUUCUUGUAGUUAAUUUUAAAUAAGACGCUGUUUGAAUGAUAAAAUUUUUUUACUGGCGAAAAAGCCGAAUCGCUUGAUCUACAAUAAAAUGAGAGGACAAAAAUACUGAUAUGUAAUUAAUAAAAAAUACAAAUCAACGAUAACAGCUCAAGUGUGUAAUUGAUCAUAAAUAAAAUCGAUAGAAUACAAUGUAUAAUAUGUAGGGGUUGGUUAAUGUUAGUGCCGAUUGAGAUAAAAAAUCAAUAAAUAUACAAAACAAAAUUCGAGCUCUAUACAAAUCGCGAAACAUUGAAAAAAAUUACAAACAUGACUAACUUUCGUUCUCUUCAUCCAGGAAUUCCACAUGCGUGAAUGGGAAAUAUCCAGUUUUUCCGUUCAGUUCUCCCUCCCAUUGCCCGUUUAUGUUGGUCUUCGUUACCGUUAUGAUAUCGCCUAUUUCCAGCUUCAAUGCGGUAUCAUCAUAAGCAUUUGGUAUUCGCACUUGUUUAACGCGAGCUUUCGCCGGCAAUUUUCG